GACACGCACAGACACAAACACACACUUGGCCACCUUGGCCUUCCUCGCGUGCGCCCAGCCCUGAGAGCUGCCUGACAACAGAUGCACGGCUUUGCUGAUUUAGAAUGGCAAUUUUUCUCUUCUGCGGAUUGUAAAUUUAAUAGAGGAAAUAUGCUCUUGCGGUUAAAAGCACAAGACUAGAAAUCAAGUGAUCUGUUCUCUGUUCCAGUUGUGGGGUUUCUUAUGUGACUUUAAGGUAAUUGAGUGAUAUUUCGCAGGAAAAUGAGAUAGGGCAGAACUGAUUCAGCAGUAGUGUUGAAUGUAUUAUUGAAUAGGUUCAGUAAUAGUUCUUGAGUCUCUUGGUAGAAUAGAUAGGGAUUUAGAAAUUCCAUGCAGUGAAUCACUUGGGCUCGCUGCUUUAACAAAACCUCCAAGGAAUAAUUGUCAGAAUUUGCAUGAGCAAAGUUUUGUCUGUCAUGGGAAAUUAGAUUGUCAGGAUAUGAUGGUUUGAGAUGAAAUCUCUUUCUGACUUUCAUUCCUUCAUUAAUAUCAGAUAAUUAGCCUUCCAUGGGUGGCUUUAAAAUCCUGAAAACUGAAAUGAGUGUAGUUCAUUGCAUGUGUUACAGAAGUUCUGCACAGAAUAUCCUCCUGGUAUUCUGGGGAAUCUUGGUUUGACUGGAGUAAAGAAGAAGGUGCUAACACUUGCAGUCAUGUGCCUGUGCUCAUCAAAAUCUGUAAUGCUUUAUGAAGUUGGCAGCUAGUGGUAGUGGAAGUUAAUAGAAGCAGCAAAUAACUUAAUUGAAGAUGUUUCAUAAUUAGUGUGUUGUAACUUUUGAGAGUGCCCUGUCUGUGUUGGAUUUAAUGUCUUAAUCCCUACCGUUUGGUAGUGGUUUACUCUUACCUCUGAUAUUAAAAUUUUGUUCACUUGGCCUUGAAAUUGCUGCUAAGUGCCUAAUGCCAUUUAUUUCUCUGAAAUAAAACCCCAACAAACUGUGCUUACUGGGAUACCUACCUUUUUCAAACCUUUCUUUUCCUUUCAUAUAUGAGGGACAUAUAUUUGAGAUAGGAAUUCUCUCUUUUUUCUGAAGAGGAUGUUCUUAGUGGAAGCCCAGAUGGACAAUCAUGAUGGGGUUGAGAAAUAGGAAAGAAGGAAGAGAGGCUUCCUCUGCAUUUCUUUCUCUUGAUGACAAAAGAUCACAACAGGGUGGUGUGCUGCUGUGUACAGCUGUGGUGGGUGUGUUUUUUGGGUUUUUUUUGAGGUUUGUAGUUGUAACCUCUGAUGGAACUUGAAGGAACUGUAAUUGUUGACCCUGUACUAUUUUGUACUUGUUAGGAAGUCAGAUUUUUAAUCUUGCACCUGGACUGGGUUAUUUGUGCAGAUCACAGAAUGAUCACAGAAUAUUUGAGCUGGAAAAAUAUGUUUCCCAAGAUGGAGUACUUAUGCUCAGUUAAGAAACUUUUUGGGUUUACUUGAAUAUUCUUUGCAAAUUAUAUUGUGAUCUUUAGUGCUUUGGAGGACACUUUUAAUUACAGAAAACUGUCCUCUAUUUUCUUUAUAGAUGUCUAAGGAAAAUGGUAGGAACUCUUUUAUUGCCCUUGGCUGAAUUACAUACCUGCAGAAAUACUCCUGUGGCAAUUCUGUGCAAGUCCGUGUUAUAUUCAUGUUAGUUGUUUGGGUUUUUUUCUUUUUUUAAUUCAAAUUUCUUCAAAUGUCCUUGUUAGAUUUGGUGGCAUUAAUUUUGUUUUAAUCUGUUAAUGUUUCUUUAAAGAUCUUUACUGAUUUUUUUUUUAAUAACAGAUAAGGAGUUCUUGUUCAGGAUGAGAUUUGUUCUUGUGUGAGCUGAGUGCACUUGAGAUAUCUUCAUGGCUAACGAUAAACAGCUCAUUAAAAGCAAGUUGAGCAGUAAUUUAACACUUUUGCUGUUAUCAUUAGUCACAAUGCAGGUUCCUGCACUGUUUUCUGGAAGCCUUUUUAGCCGUGUUCCUGUGACCACGUAGAAAAGUUUGGCUGGCACUGGAGCGCGCUUGACCAGCGUGGGUUGGCAAGGUGCAGGGUGCUGCCUGCCAAGUCUGUAUCCCACUGACCUACCACCAAGGUUGGGCCUGCCAGCACUGUCAUCCUUGACAGAGGAUCUUUGUCAGAGUCCCUGCUACUGAUACACCAACUAUGAAGUAGUGUCUCUGAAUUCUGGGUCAGUGGAUGUCACAAACUGACAAAUUUAGAAUACUUUGCCAUUCAUUCAUUCUGUGCAAGGGGAAAAGAAAGCUUGCUGAAUUAGUAUUGUCAGUGUUCCCUCCAAUCCUGUAGCUUUUGUAAACUUGUCACAGGCUUAAUGCAAUUCAGUUGGAGUGGGAGUGUAUACACACACACACACACACAUACAUCUUUAUUUUUCUUCUUCUUUUAAGAUUUUUUGAGUGUUCCAUUUUCCAGGUUAUACUUUUUAUUGCCGACUCACAGUAUUUGGAAUCUUCGUCUUUAAUGAAGGUCUUGCACAUGAACUUCUAAAUUUUCAGAAGGCUUUAUCCAGCUUGUUAAUUUUUUAGCAUACUUUAGGGCUUGUGAAAAGUACAAGAUGCCCUUUAUUUUCCCAUUUUUGUCUCCAAGUGUAGUACUGAGGUCAUUCCUAAUCACCCACUUGCUUGUCCAUGUCCACCAACCUACCAAUGGAGGCAUAGGCCUUUGUUUUCAUGUUUAGUGAAAUGUAGCAGUGCUUUUCUCUGGAAUUUUAAUUAAGAAAUGGAUUCUAAGUUGUACUUGAUUUGCUUUGGUUAGAGUAGAUGUUAACCUUAAAAACAGGAGGCAGUUUCAGGGCUGUCUGCUGUUGAUGGUUGCAUUUUCCAGCAUAAUGCAUCUGCUGGAAAGUGCCAGUUAGCUGAAAUAGAAGUGUGAGAAAAUGUACAGUUUUGACAAGACACUUAAGGGAAACAGGUAUUGGUUCCAAGAUGGAAUUUCUAGCUUUGAGAAUUUCUACAAAAGCUAAUUGCUUAGUAAUUAGAGAAGCUGCAGAGACCAGGGCCAUGGAAACAUUGGAUCUUUUUUGUUCUAAAUGUGGAUGCUUUAAGAAAUAGAUAGUACUUUUUAGGCAUGGCAAGUCGUGGUGUUCUCUCCCUCCCUCUCCCUUCCCCUGUGUCAGAGUUAAAUUCAAGUUUUGCCAUGAUGCAGUGGCAUCAUGGCAAAAUUCAAAUUCAAAACUGCUCUUUGAUUAUAAUUUUUUGGAGUUUUUAUUGACAUCAGGUGAAAGUGAGGGUGCUUUGGAAAUGCAGUGGAGCUCUCUUAGUGAUCUCUUUGCCUGGAACUUUUUUGUGUUAUAAGUCAUUAUCACUGGUACUAUUUUUUGACUGUAGGUUUUGAGGAAACUUAAAGAAGAAGCAGAAGCAUCACUUUGCUAUCUGAGCUGUAUCUUCCAUGUAUAUAUUGCUGCUUGUGCUUGGUCUCAGAGUUUGUUAGGUUUCUUGUAAGAGAGUGCUGGUUAAAUACUUCUCAGCUGACAGAGCUAAAUGCUUCAGCUUUUUUUUUUUUUUAAGCUGUGUUAGAUGGUGUACAGAUGUGGAAAUUAAAAGCAAAAGUAUUGUGUGAGAAAGCCCUGUCAGCAAUUGUCAGUAGAUUUUUCUGUUUGGAGGGCAGUCAUGGUUAGUAAAAGUUUUGAAGACAACAGACAGUUCUUUUCUGUUCUUGUUUACAUAUAUUAUCAGUUAGAUGAUAUUGCCUUAAAAGGCAUGUUUGAAGCAAGAAAUCUAGUGCUAGGGUAAAAGCACUUACCAUAGAUUUUGGUCAGCUGGAUGUACAUUUGUACUGCAAGCCCAGUUCUGAUGAAAAUACCACAAGUUCCUUUUCGAUAUAAUUAAUAAAAUAUUUUUUAUCUUAAACUUAUGAGGAGAAGGGAGAAAAGAAGAUCUUUCAUUGGUGGUAUUCUUUGUGGCUGAGAUGUUGCGCACAGGAUAAUUGAAGUAAAAUCUUUUCUGUGGAGAUGCUGUGGCAAUGGUCUGAAGGAUGCAGGCCUUUCAAGUUUAUUGAACAAGUUUUUUAACCACAGUGUCAUCUUAGGAUUUGUUCUAUGCUUGAUGUGUAUGGAGAAACUGUGGAGCUAACAUUUCUCCUGUGUUUGUUCUCAAGGAAAGAUUCUAAUGUGUACCAUUGAAUGGGACUGUGUGCUGGGCUGCAAUGUAAGCUGUAGACUUGGGAAAAUUAUAAUAAAACCCAAGCACAAUCCUGCACAGUUCCUGUUAGGAAAUUUAUAAGGAAAGAAGGAUUUUAAUAAAACCAGGUGAAAUUGAUGUGUGAGGUUGUAGUUUUAAAGAAAGUAUUGAUCUUUGUAUAUAGCAUAAUGCGCUGUAAUAUACUGCAGUUGAGUUUCUGAGCUUUCUGUGUGAGUAUGUAUGUCAAUGUGUGUAUGAAUUCAAAAUAUUUGAGCAUUUCUGAGUUUGAAGGGCAAUAAAGUUAAGCACAAGAGCUGACUGCAGAACAGCUUUAACUGCAGAUCUGCAGCAGCUUUAAUGAACUCCCAGUUGUGCUGGUUAUAAGUGGUGCUUUGUUUAUUGUAUGAAGUUGAGUCUCAAAACAGCUUCUAAUCAUCAGCAGUGAAGUUCCUUGUUUCAGGUUGGGUAUGAUGCUACAGGAGGCUCCCUGAAUUUGCAAACAAAUAAAUUAGUGGGAAAAGAAUAGUCCUUGUACAUUUGAAAACAGGCUUAGUACUGGCAGUAGGAAGGCAUGAGGGUCAUUGGUUUUACCCAUUUUAUUCUUGUGCUUGUGGAAGCACCAUUCUUUGCCCUGCUGCUUGGGAUGAUGGGUUUGCUUGCUUAAUGGUACUUCAGACCUAGAUUUUGCAGCUGGUAAAUUAGUUUGGAAUCAGUGAGAGAACACAUUACAUACAAAAUACAUCUCAUUAAAAUAGGUACAUUGUAUGUAUUGUUACAUUCUCUGUUCUGCAGUGAUUCUUGCUCAGGUCCUUUUUUGGCAGAAGGAGAUUCCUUGGUAUGAACCUACAGAACGUGUCAGUUUAAUGUAGUAGGGUAAGAAAAUUUCACAAGAAGUGCUAAAAGGAAGUCAAGUUGCUCAGUAUCUGUGAUGGCAGAUGGAAGGUGGUAGAGUUCUCCCAUCUCCAUAAAUGAAAUGUAAGUUCUGUUGUUGGCCAGCUUUGUUUAUAUCUGGCUAGGUGGAUAAGGUAUUAAGGAGAGGAUUCAAACAAUGGACCUGUUCACCUAGCUAGUUUCCUUCCAUUUGCUGUAGUCAUUAACAAGAUCUUUAAAACUCUAACUAGUGCAUGCCCCAAAGUCUAAUUUUGAUACAGCGAUUACUUCCAUUUUUACUCGCCCUUUAAAAGCCCCCUCAUACUACUCCAUGUAAUUCAUUACACUCACUCUUUAAAGAGUGUUUCUGGUUUUUUUUAAUGUAAUAGUGUGGUUUUCAGUCGAUGUUGUCUUGUAGCUCAGCUGAAAAGUUAUUUAAUAAAAGAAGGUAAUACAUAAUAAGCCCUCUGCCUCUUAAGGAAAUUUAAGUAAGCUCUUUUCCCCAUGAAAGUAGUUACCAGCUGUGUCUAGAGGUGCAGCAAUAUGAGUAAUUUGUGCACCAUUGAAUGAAAAUGUGACUCUUUAAAGCAUUUGUUUCUAUAUUCAAAGCUCAGUGAUGCUCUGUGGUACUGUAAUCACAACUCAUAACUUGUGCUUUUAAGCCUCAGAAGAAAUGGAUUGUAAGUACAGAUGAUCUGGGGAAUCUGUUUCUGGAAGAUGUCAGGAUUACUUAGAAACCUUUCACAAAUUAGAUGCUGAAAUUACAGCAAAUACAAGUAAAUGUUCUAAAUGUGUUUUAUGCCACACAUUCAGAAAUCUAAAAACCCUACAUGAAUUGCAGUUUCUACAUGGAAAUGUUUGGUUUCUACAUAAAUACCUGAACCUUCUGCUUUGUGGCCUUAAAUAGCGCAUGAAGCCAGCUCAUGAUUCAUGAAGCUUUUUAGUUCUGCCUUGUUUUCUUAAGAAGAGGCAAAAGCUGUAAACUGUCAGUGUUUUGCCUUCCAAAAUGAACUUCUGGAAGGUGUGCAGUGGGAUAAACUCAGAGUCAUUUUGUACUUCUCAAAGCCUAUUAAUAAUUCUGUUGCAUUUUCUUUCUUGCCUUUGAUUUUCUUGAACAGGUUCAAAUAUACUUCUGCUGAAGAAUCUUGAAAGCCUCAUAAGUGGCCAGAAUGGAGUUACAGUGAAUGGUAUUAAGGUUUUGAACUUCAAGUCUCAUUUUUCAGUGGUUAGAGUUACAAGCAUUACUAAAUUGGAGGAAUCAGUCAUCAUUUUUGAUGUGAAGACUUCAUCACUGACAUCUCUGUUUGGUUGUCAUCCUCCAGGAAAUAAUACGGCUCAUCAGUUGUAGUAACUGCUUUGGGUAUACACUGACAUCUAUUUAGAAAAAACCCAAAUAAAUAAACAAAAAAACCCCAACAGACAAAACCCAACAAACUUUCUGAAGACUUGUGUCAAAUGACGUCAAUGGCCAGUUUGUUCUCCUUUACUAGCCCAGCUGUAAAGCGUCUGUUGGGCUGGAAACAAGGAGAUGAAGAGGAAAAAUGGGCAGAAAAAGCUGUCGAUGCUUUGGUAAAAAAGCUGAAAAAGAAAAAGGGUGCUAUGGAAGAACUGGAGAAAGCCUUGAGCAGUCCAGGGCAGCCCAGCAAGUGCGUUACUAUCCCCCGCUCUUUAGAUGGACGGCUCCAGGUUUCUCACAGAAAAGGCCUUCCCCACGUGAUUUACUGUCGUGUGUGGCGCUGGCCGGAUCUACAAAGCCAUCACGAGCUGAAGCCAUUGGAUAUUUGUGAAUUUCCUUUUGGAUCCAAACAAAAGGAGGUCUGCAUCAAUCCAUACCACUACAAGAGGGUGGAGAGCCCAGUUCUACCUCCAGUGUUAGUGCCUAGACAUAGUGAAUUCAACCCCCAGCACAGUCUGCUAGUUCAGUUCAGGAACCUCAGCCACAACGAGCCCCACAUGCCACACAACGCGACAUUUCCAGACUCCUUCCAGCAGCCCAACAGCACUCCGUUCUCCAUCUCACCAAACAGCCCCUACCCCCCUUCUCCAGCCAGCAGCACUUACCCGAGCUCCCCAGCCAGCUCUGGGCCAUCCAGUCCCUUUCAGCUGCCAGCUGAUACUCCACCUCCUGCAUAUAUGCCCCCUGAUGAACAAAUGGCACAGGAUAAUUCACAGUCUAUGGACACAAGCAAUACAAUGAUCCCUCAAAUCAUGCCAAAUAUAUCUACCAGAGAUGUUCAGCCCGUUGCCUAUGAAGAACCCAAACACUGGUGUUCCAUUGUGUAUUACGAGUUAAAUAACCGUGUUGGGGAGGCUUUCCAUGCAUCUUCCACAAGUGUCUUAGUAGAUGGGUUUACAGAUCCCUCCAAUAACAAGAACAGGUUCUGCUUAGGUUUGCUCUCCAAUGUUAAUCGUAACUCAACGAUCGAGAACACUCGACGGCACAUUGGCAAAGGAGUUCAUCUCUACUAUGUUGGUGGAGAAGUCUAUGCUGAGUGUUUAAGUGAUAGCAGCAUAUUUGUACAGAGCAGGAACUGCAACUACCACCAUGGCUUUCAUCCAACAACUGUGUGCAAGAUUCCCAGCGGAUGCAGUCUGAAAAUCUUUAACAAUCAGGAGUUUGCUCAGCUUUUAGCUCAGUCUGUCAACCAUGGAUUUGAAGCAGUUUAUGAGCUCACCAAAAUGUGCACAAUUCGAAUGAGUUUUGUAAAGGGCUGGGGAGCUGAAUAUCACCGGCAGGAUGUCACAAGCACCCCGUGCUGGAUAGAAAUUCAUCUUCAUGGGCCCCUCCAGUGGCUGGAUAAAGUACUUACACAAAUGGGUUCUCCUCUUAAUCCCAUCUCAUCUGUUUCAUAGUGCUGAAAUUCCAUCUUCAGCCUUAUUUUUAGCGAACUUAUUCUAAUUCUAGAGAAACUUCCAGUGGAUACUGUGAGCUAUAUGGAGAAUGGAUCUAAUGAUUUAACUUCUCUCUUUUUUUUUUUAUUUUUUUUUUUUUUUAGAUCCCUUGUGACCAAUUCCAUUGUGUAUAGCUAAUCAGUUUUACAUUUCAAAUUGUUCUUGUGAUGCUUAAGUGACAGUUGAGCCCUAAGGGAAAAAAUAGUCUUGAAAAAUUCAGAACACUUUUCCUCUUCUUCCCCUUAAAGCUUAAACAGACAAAUGUCUUAACUGGAAAACCUUUUUGUCCUGCAGGGACAAGAAUUAAUGAAGACUGACUUCAGAAAAUAAAUACAUAUCAUAAUUUGGGAUUUUUUAAUGUUUUUGAAACUGUUUGAACAUAUGCAGCAAAGCUUGCAAGCUGUAUUUUUAGCAUAGUGUUUUAACAUCUUAAGGUUGACAUCUGUCAUAAGCAAAAUUAGAUUUUAUCAUGGCUAAUUUGCCUCAGAUGGAGCAAUGUGAUUUUUUUUUUUUUUAAGUGUACACAUGAAAUAUCCUUUUUACAAAUAUUGGAGUGGUGUAAAAAUACUUGUAUUUUCUAUUGGAAAAUGCUGUCAUAAACACAAUGUAUAUUAAUGCAGAAUAGCAGUUCUUAGCCUUUUCCCACUUUGGUUUUGUAAUAUCUCUUUUAACCACCAUUUAAAGUAGUAAUUGAUCCAAGGUAAACAUCCUGCACGUUUCUGGAGUAGUGAUUCUUGUUUUGCUUUGAUUUACACUCAUGCAGUUUGGAUUUGGUUGCCAAGGCUAUUUCUUUUUAGGUACCUUUCUCUAUUUUAACAUAAACACUACUAUUUGUAAAUGGCAGUGCUUACUACUUUUUGGAAGGAUUAGGUUUUUUGUUUUCUUUUUGGUGUUUUAGCUGUUUAUUUUGCCUGUCUGGAAUUGAUCUGUGUUAGGCCUUUUUAGUCUCUCAGUAGACACUAUGCAGUAUUAGUGAUGACACUGUAUUUAAUUCACUUUCAAGUAUGAAUUUGAGUCUCUGAAGACUGUGAGUGGCUUAGCAAAUGGGUAACUGAAUGCAGAAGCUUUUACUUCCAGAUCAUGUAAUUUAAUUCAGACCUGUUGGUAAUGACCAAAAGUAAUCACUUCUUUGUAGCCUGAAUGAAACAGUGCUCUCGAUCCUGUCCCUGAUGGCAGGGGUUCAAUCAGAAGACUUGUAACUGUGGUUGGCAUCUUUAUGGGAUUGAAGGACUGUAUUAAUAUGACAAUGGAAUUUGUCUCUCACAGCUAAAGAAUCACAGAAUGUUAAGGUUUGGAAGGGACCUUAAAGAUCUCUUGGUCCCAACUUCCCUUCCAUGGGCAGGGACACCUGCCACCAGACCAGGUUGCUCCAGGCCUUCUCCAACCUGGCUUUGAACACUACCAGGGUUGGGGCAUCCACAGCCUCUCUGGGCAACCUAUGCCAGUGCCUUACCAGCCUCACAGUAAAGAAUGUCUUCUGUAUGUCUAAGCUAAAUUUGCCCUCUUUCAAUUUGGACCCAUUACUCCUUGUCCUGUCACUACAGCUCCAGACAAAGAGUCCCUCUCCAGCUUCCCCGUAGCCCCUUCAGACAUUGGAAGGUUCCCAUGAGGUCUCCACUCAACCUUCCUUCUCCAGGCUGAACAGCCCCAACUUGUUCAGCCUCUCUUUGCAGGAGAGGUGCUCCAGUCCUCUUAGCAGCAUUGUGACCGCUGGACUUGCUCCAGCACUUCCAUGUCCUCCUUAUGCUGAGGGCCCCAGAACUGCUGUCAGCACUGCAGGAGUGGUCUCACAAGAGCAGAGCAGAGAGGGCAGGGCCCUCCCUCACCCUGCUGCCCACAUUCCUGGGAUGCAGCCCAGGAUUCUGUUGGCUUUCUGGGCUCUGAGUGCUCAGUGCCAGUUCCUGGUGAGCUUUUCAUCAGCCAUCACCCCCAAGUCUUUCUCUGCAGGGCUGCUCUUGGUCACUUCUCUGCCCAACCUGUGGGUGUGUCUGGGAUCGCUGGGACCCAGGUGUAGGACCUUGCACUUGGCUUUGUUGAACUUCAUGAUGUUUGCAUUUGGCAAACUUUGGUAGAGAAUUUAAACAUUAUGUUAAACACUAAAAAUCAAUUACAUAACGUAUGCAUAUUUCCCUCCUUUAUAUGAUAAAAAAGAGGCUGAAAGAAACAUGUUAAGAAAAUUAGAAGUGAAUUAUAUACAAAAUUUUUGCAUGUAGAAAGACUUUAUUAUAUUUUUAACCUCACCUUGCUUUUUCUCUUUCCUGAGCACCUCUUCAGAAAAGGGUUCAGUGUUUGGGGGAGAAGCUGAAAACUAAUAUGCAAAUACUUACUAAAAGAUAUGUUGCAGUUAAUUGCUGCAGUCCUGAGAAAAUUAUUUUUAAACAAGUUCUUGUGUCUUCUGUUGAAUGACAGUUUCUCCUCAAAUGUGGAAACCGUGCAUCGUAUGGUACCUAAGUGACAAAUUAUCUUAAAGGAUUAAAAUUGUUUACGUGUCAUUAAAAUGUUUUUUAUGAAUUGCCUUAAAGGAAUAAACUGUAACACUUCUGCAGAACCCUAAUGUUCUUUUGUACAGGAAUUUCUGUAUUACUGUCUUGGCUUUUUGUGUUUUGUUGUGUUUUUUUUAAACAGUUUCUCAAGUAUGUUUGAAAACAGGUGAUUGCAUCUUCAGAAGGGGGAGUGACAUUAUUUGCCACAUAGCUUUGGUUUCUUCCCUUUCAUUCUUUGAUGCUGCAACCCACACAGAGUUCUUUUGAUUGAAUAAGAUGCCAAGUCAGUUGGCCACAGGAUCCAGCUUCUAUUUUCUUCUUGGGGCCUGACAUUUGUCAAGUUGCUGUUCUGACACUACAGUAUAUUCUAUUUCUUGACUAGCUUAUGUAAUGAACGACAUGGCACAUUGAAUUAAGAAAAGAUUGCAGUUGUAGGUACAAGAUUUUACUUUAUCCAAAAUGUUUUUCACCUGGCUUCUCUGUUCACUUGUAUGCUUAUGUGUGGCCAACUGAAUGACUCAAGAGUGGGUGCUGCAGUGGGUGUUGUGAGCCAGAGCUGGUGCUUAGUGCUAGUAUUGUGGUUAGAUUGGCUACCCAUGCACUGAACCAUAAUUUCUGCAAUAAUAUCCAGUUAACCCACUUCUGAUGCUGUCAUUAAGUACUGAAAUGCUCUGGCGUUUUUCUGCUUGUGUACAUAUUCUGGGACUGUAAUAGUUGCAGUGCUGGGAUAUCCUUGUGACUGCUGGUUUUGGCAGGGCAGGCUUGCAGGAGCAAACCCAGUCAGAUUUGUCUGAGUUCCACUUCUCUCCUAUUAGGGCUUUUUGGGAGCUUUCUGGUGAGCAGAUUUUGUGUGCUACUGGUUCAUGGUGUUGCUAAUCCUGUUUGUUCAUCUGUGCUGCUGAUACAAAAUUCAGACAUGGGUGCAUGGAUAGAUUGGAUGGAAAGUUGGUGCCAACGAUGUGUAAAGUGUAGUGAGAGCAGGGAGUGCUGCUCCUGGUACAGCACACUGUGCAGAAAUCACCCCUUGGUCUAGCUGGAGGGAUGGGGUCAUUGACUCAGACAGUGGCAGGUGGAGCCUUUCCAGUGUAGCCCAGCUUAGACUUGUUGUUACUCCUCAGUAGAAAAUGAUUUGCCUUUCCUAGUGCAUUCUUUCUGGGCAUCUUUCUGCUUUGCACCAACCCCACACUGACUGUCAGCUUUGGCAAUACCAGCAGAGAGCCUGGAGCAGGCUUAUCCUGACACUCCUGGCAGUGCUUUCCUAGUCCCUGAGGUAGGACAGCAGCUUGGCUGUUGCUCCUUAGACACCUGGGCCUUGCUGGCAGUCAGGCAGUGCCUUGUGUAUCACACUCAUGAACUGCAUCAGCAUCAAGUAGUUAUCUGUGAAGGGCUGACACUGGGUUGUAGAAUCUACAGGACCAAAAUCAAACCUCCUAGCACAACUGAGUAGUGAGAGACAAAUCUGACACAACAGCCCAGCAGGCAAAAUAGUGAUGAAACAGCCCAGGUGUUACGAUUCAGGAUGGAAUUGUUUAAAAUGCUGGAAUUCUUUUACUUGAAGCAAUGAUUUUUUUCUUCCCUACAGUAUUACAGUGUGAAAGUUGUCAAUUCUUGGAUGUAAGAUCAACUUGGAUUCUUGCAGUGUAACUCUAGAAGACAUGAAAAUGUCCUCACUAGUCUGAAAUAAUAACUUUCAGGGUAUUGUUUUACUUGCUCAAAGUGUUGCUGAUGAUAGUUUCUGGAAAAGCAAACAAACAAAAACCAAAAACGAAACCAAACUAUUUUCUGAAUGUUUUGCUUCAAAUGACAGACAUGUGACUAACUUUCUUCUGUAGCUGAGAAGUUUCUUUUGAGGAGGGUUUCCCAUUCUGAAUUCAAAUCAAUAGACCAAACCAUCAGAUUACAACAUAAUGUUGCUUUCUUGUGCUGCUCCAUAAACCUGCUUCUGUGUUUGUUGCAAGCAUAACCUUUAUGCUUUUGUUUACAUUGUAGGAAACACAGUUCUAGCAAUGAGGUUUUUUUUCAUUUAACUCUAAACAUCUUUUUAUUUUGUUAAUUUUAAAAUUACUAGGUUUUGCUAUGUAAUGUUUUUAAAAAUGUUUUUUGCAUACUGCUGCUCAUAUUAAAAUAAACAAAACAAAAACCCC